CGAGCUGUCAGAGUCGGCAGUCAAACUUUUAGCAGCUAAAAAGAGAACGCAAAGAUACGAAAUAGACUUCAUCAACACAGGAUCUCUAUCAACAACAGCUAACCUGCCAAAAGGGAUCACUUGACUUUGACAACUUUAUCCGACGCUUUUUGGAUUUUGCCGAGUUUCUUCGUGAUCUCCUGAAACGAUAAUGUACUCCGCUUUCAACACAGAUUGUGACUCCUCUUCCCGGUGCAGUACCGCUUCUCCAGCUUGCGACAACCUAGCUUACUACAACUCUCCUGCGGGAUCUUACUCCACUAUAUGCUCUCCACAAUCUCAGGACUUCACAGACCUGACUUCAGCUUCCAGUGGCUCCUUCAUCCCUACUGUCACGGCCAUCUCUGCCAGUCCAGACCUGCAGUGGAUGGACCAGCCGCUCGUAUCCUCCGUGGCCCCUUCUCACAGACUCCAUCCCUACAGUGCCAGCCCCCCAACCUAUACUAGCGCCAUGAGGAACAAGGGCCACAGCUCUGGGCGCAGAGCCAAAAUGGAAAAGCUUUCUCCUGAGGAGGAGGAGAAGAAGAAUUUCCGUAGAGAGAGGAACAAGCAGGCAGCAGCUAAAUGUCGCAACAGGAGGAAGGAACUCACCGACACUCUGCAGGGUGAAACUGACGAGCUGGAGGACGAGAAGUCCGCUCUCCAGAACGACAUCGCCAACCUGCUCAAAGAGAAGGAGAAGUUGGAGUUCAUCCUGGCAGCCCACCAGCCCAUCUGCAAGAUCCCCUCUGAUAUGGACACUGUUUUCCCCUCCCACUCCUACGGGGUCUCCAUCCAGCUGUCUCCACCCCAGCCUCAAAGCAUGGUCUCCAGCUCCGUCUGCUCUGCAACUCCCCUCACCUCCAUUCCGUUGACCGCCAGCUCCAACCUCUCCACCUCAGCCUCAAUCUUCUCCAGCAGCCCCCUCCUGUCCACCGUCUCCAAUGUCAAGAUGGCCGACCUGGACACAGCCUGCCUGGAGGAGUCCCUGUCUCUCCUCGUCAAGACUGAGAUGGAGACAGCCCGGUCGGUGCCCGAUGUAGAUCUUACCAGCUCCCUGUACACCCAGGACUGGGAGCCUCUCUACAGCACAGCCAAUAAUGACUUUGAGCCCCUGUGCACCCCUGUGGUCACCUGCACCCCAGCCUGCACCACGUACACAUCUUCCUUCGUCUUCAGCUAUCCAGAGGCGGAGGCGUUGCCUACCUGUGGCGUAGCCCAACAGCGAGGGAGCAGCAGCAGCAACGAUCAAUCCUGUGACUCCCUCAGCUCCCCUACACUCCUAGCCCUGUGAGCAGGAGAACCCUAGUCCCUCAGCUCCCCUACACUCCUAGCCCUGUGAGCAGGAGAACC